GAGGCGGCGACCAGAAGCGGGUGGGACGGGAACAAAAGACUAGGAGCUCGAAUAAAGAUGGAAGAGAACAGUUGUAUUCGGCUGCCACAAAUUGAGACGAGGUGUUGCACUGCGCGAAAGCACAGUCCAGUGCAGUAUGUAAUACUGGAAUGGACGGGCGUCGGCGGGCAAAAAGAGGGCGCCGGUUGUGGAAUGACGAAUGACGGCAGAGCGCAAGCAAAAUGCUUCUCUGAAGUGUGCCCCGACUCGGACUGUCUGACUAUACGACAACUUGAACCACCCUGAGAUCGAGUCGAUAGUUCAAACAAAGGACACGAGUUCAGUCAAGUCAAGUUCCUCAAACGGUGCUCUGUUCUUCUCUUUUCGCCCUCUAGUCGCUUGUUUUUGUGACUCUGCUACCCCGAACGGCCACGGCUUGAGUGAUGGAUCUGCUUGCACAGUCUCGUCACUGACCUGUUUAUGACUGCAAACGGCGAACAUGUUCCUUACUGCACUUUUCUCAGCCUGUUUUGACCAGACUAUUAGUUCUUCUGAUAUGAAAUGCCUCGGGUCGCGGCGUUUUCAAGGCCACGAGCCUUCUGCGUGAACCAGCACCUCCCAUUGCAGGUUCGCCGAUGGAAUUCGUCUCGAGGGGAGAGAAGCCCUCCUCCAUGGCGGCCGUCGUCAACCUUAGACGACUGGGUUGACCGUCCCAUUCGUCCCAUCAGUCUGCGUCAGCUCUUCUUCUUCGGUCGCACGUUGACCGAGAGCCGGCUCCUCAGUUCUGCCAACUAUGUUCGCAUGGAACUGCCCACAAGAUUGGCCCACCGGCUGCGUGACAUGCAACGGUUACCCUACGUCGUCGUUACAAACCCUCACCUGUCUCUUGUUUACGAACUAUACUACAAGUCUUUCGAGAGCUUUCGUCGGGUACCGGUGAUUAGAAAUCUUGAAGAGAACGAUGAGUUUUGCAAGGUUAUAAGCGACAACUUGAAAGAGCAUUUGGCGGUAAUACCAAACCUGGUCAUGGGCGUUCUCGAGUGCCAGGACCACGUCUCACCUGACAAGCUGGACCACUUCGUACAGGCAAUGCUUCGUGCCCGCAUUUCCAGGCGAGUCAUUGCUGAGCAGCAUCUUGCCUUGACAGACACGUUCAACUCCCCAUGGCAUGUGCCACAGCCGAGCUCUGAGAACGAAUUCGUUGGCGAAGUUCUUUUGCGAUGCAACGCGAAAGAAGUCAUCGAACGUUGCGGUCAGUUCACCCAAGAAAUUUGCAGUUCGUCUGCCGGGGGUGACCCGAUAGUGCCAGAGAUUCGGAUCCAAGGUCAUGUCCAUGCCACGUUCCCCUACGUCUUGAGUCAUCUCGAAUAUAUUAUCGGGGAGUUGUUGCGAAACUCGGUCCAGGCAGUCAUGGACAGGCACAAAGAAACUACGAGACCUCCCCCGCCUAUUGAUGUUCUGAUCUGCGAAUCAGCCCAACAUGUCGUGAUUCGGAUAUCAGACCAGGGCGGCGGCAUUCCUCGUGACAUAAUGCCCUUCCUGUGGUCUUUUUGCAAGGGACCCAGAAGGAAUUCGCGAUUGCAUAACUUCAAGGAUGUUCCAAAGUUGGCGGCUACGAUGCAAGAAGUGCGGCAUGCCCACCACGAAAAGCCCAGAGGGAAGAUUAGAGACUCCUCUCUCAGCACCCUUGCGUCGAGACCGCCGGAUUUAAGGCUAGGGAUGGGCUUACCCAUGAGCCGAGUCUAUGCAGAAUACUGGGCAGGCGGGCUUGAGCUGCACAGUCUGGAGGGCUACGGCGUCGAUGCGUUCCUCCAGAUCUCAAAACUGGGCAACCAGAAUGAACAGCUUACAUCACGGGCGAGCAUCGAUGCCGUCUAAACUCUUAUAGGAGGGAGAGCCACUGCGUGGCCAUGACGAUCUGUCUGCUAUAGCAAAAAGAGGCAAUGCCUGCUUAAUAGUGCAGUCAGCACCAGCACAGUAAUGAAUGAAAUGAUGAUAUUCAUGCUAAAACAACAACACCCUUCAGACAAUCGCCUAGGAACCUCAUGCACUGCCAGCCAAAUGGUAGAGAAAGAAACUCCUGCGGCUGAGCGUUCGGCUUACCAGAGUUGAUGAUCUCUUCAUGAGGACAAGACGCUACGAAAGAAACGAGAGAAUCUACGUACAUGUAUUUGGUGGGUGGUGUAGGUAUAUGCAUCAGAGCAGUAUGUACCGCGAAUCAGGUCACCACCGCAUCAUGGGUAGCCACGAGGGCCCUCGUGAUGAUGGUUUUAGAUGCGGACUUAUAGUCAAUCUCGACACUCCCUUCGGAAUCGCCAGCUUCACGGCGACGAAUGUUUUCCGCUGGCGAUGAUUUGAGUAGUUGGGGGUCUGGUGGAAUAUAAAGUAGAGAGGAAGAAAAUUCGCGGCGGAAAAAUAUGGGAGGU